AUGAACUCCGACUCGCUUUCCAAGGGUCUCGCGAAUCCCCUCGAUGAGCCCGCCACGUCUGUUGAUGAGUUAAGCCGGAAUCGAGUCUUGCUGGUAUCGCUCAAUCUUCAGCCUUACUUCGACGAGAUGUACAAGCCCCUUUUAGACGAGCUUGCCUUGAAGUCUCAUCUCCAAAGGGUCAAGUCUGCCCCGUCCGCCAUCCGUCUGCUUUCAGAACAGCCUGCACCUACCGCGGUCCUCGACACCGAUGAGGCUCUUACCGAACCCGAGAACGCCGGUGUUUGGGAGAGAGCCUUGCAGUAUGUACGCCAGGGUGGCACUCUUGUCGUCAUGGGGCAUUUUCCCGCCUUCGUGCGGCCCUUGGACAUCAAGCCCUUCUUCGCCAAGGCAGGCUUACCGUGGGAAGCUGCCUCGUAUCAUAGAACAACAUUGUCGCUUAACCAAGCGGUGGUCAAGGGGCGCGCGGCAUCGGAGCUUCCAGAGCAGUACAGCCAGAAGGCACUGGCUGUGAAGAAUGUUGCACCUGGUGACGUGUGGUAUCACACUACAACGGAUUCGGUCAUGGAAUCGAGGGUCUUCUCCCCGACGAGUGUCCACAGCCUCAACGAAUCGCCAGCCGUCCUAGCCAAGGUCGGGAGCGGGAAGCUUGGGGACUACCGAGCCGAGCCUGAGCCGUGGUGA